AUGUCCGGGACGGCGACUGCAGCUGGUCAGCUGUGUCGUCGGCUGGCCGCCACCACAGCCGCCGGCCUGCUGGCCUCCUCCUACGGUCUGGCCAUCGGCUGGGCCACGGUGGCCAACUGGCAGCUGCAGCUGCCGCACGAGACGCUCCGGCUGGCGGCCACACAGCGCUCCUGGCUCAUCUCGAUGAUGUACGUGGGUGUGGCGGUCGGCAGCCCGGUCGGCGGCUGGCUCGGCGGCCGGCUGGGAUCCAAAGGAGCGCUCUUCGCCUCCGCCCCGGCCACGCCGGCCUCCGGCGUCGUCAUAUUCUUUGCAAGCUCGUACGAGAUGCUGAUGGCUGGUCGGCUGCUGAUUGGGCUGGGUAGCGGGAUGUCGAACGCCGUCUACAUGAUGUACAUCAGCGGCACCAGCCGGCCGGCCGAGCGAGGUCUGUUCUCCAUGCUUUCCGAGGUGGGCAUCGUGGGCGGCACGGUGCUGGCCGUGGCCGCCGGCGAGCUCGUCGACUGGCGCUGGUUGGCCGUGCUCUGCGCCAUGCUGGCCACCGCGCCGCCGGCCGCGCUGCUGAUGCUGCUCCCCAGUGACCCGGUCUGGCUGCUGGCCCGCCACCGGGACGCGGAGGCUCAGCGCGCCGCCGACCUGCUGGGACUGCGGCUGAGCGAAAUGGCCGCCGGCGCCGCGCCGCAGCACGACGCCCCGUGGCGAGAGAUGCUCCAUCAGCUGGGAAAACGGCGCAACGUGGCGCCGCUGGCGCUCGUGCUGGCGCUGUUCUUCUUCAGAGCCUUCUCCGGCUACUACACCAUCCUGGCCUACUCGCUCGAGUUUUUCCGCGACGUAGGCCUGGCGCUGGACCCGUCGCUGACGGCGCUGCUGUUCGGAGGCGUGACGGUGGCGGCGACCGCGGUGACGUCGGUGCUGAUCGACCGGCUGGGCCGGCGGCCGCUGCUGCUGGCCAGCGCCGCCAGCACCGCCCUCUGCUACCUGGGCCUGGUGCUGGUGUACCAGGUGCCGGCGCUGGCCGCGCUGCCCGCGCUGCCCGUCGUCCUCCUGCUGGCCGCCGGCUUUCUGUUCUACGUGGGCCUCGGCUGCGUGCCGCACUGUCUGGUGGGCGAGCUGUUUCCGGAGCCGGUCCGCUUUCUGGGCGGCUCGCUGGUGCCGGUCGCCUACUGCGUGUUCAGCAUCGUGGCGCUGCUGCUCUUCCCACCGACCGUGGCGGCGCUGGGGCCGAGCGGCAUGUUCCUCUGCCAUGUCGCCUGCAUGGUCGUCGCGUUCGUGCUGGUCAUGGUGGCUCUCCCGGAAACUCGCGGUCUGCCUCUCACCGCCAUCGACACUCUGUUCGAUCCCUGCGCAAAGCCGCAGCAAGCCAAACUAAAGCACAUAAAACAGGUGGAGAGUGGCCCACACUAA